AAAAGAAAAGAAGGUGAAGUUGGAAAAGCAAGUGCUUAAAAAAGUGUCAGAAGCAGAUACAAUUUAGCCAAUCCAUACACAAGUGUUUUUCUGUUCUGAAUUCUGAGUUCGUCUGAUCUAAACCAAUCUCUUCCAUUGCCUCAGCAUGCAGGAAGGAUGAUGAUACACUUAGCUUUCUCCCCACUUAUCCUCUCUUUUACUACUACUCAAUUUCUCUUUCUUAUCUCUUCUCUGUGCAGUUUCCCCAAGCCCAUACACCCCUUCUUGUGCCACACCCCAUUUGCACACUUUUUAAUACUCUACUUCAUUAUUUCUGUCUUCACAUUUCCCAACCUCACUUUCUCAACUUAAAACUGUAUCUCUUUCUUUCCUCAUUUUUUUCAUAACUCACAACUUCAAAAGUCCAUAUUCUUGUUUCUUUCUGUUCCCUCUUUAUUUGUUCCUCCUACCUCUCUGCUCUCCAAACCAAACUCUUCUUCAGUUUUCUCAGGAAUGGAGAGUGAGAAAGUAAGCCAUGUCCAAUCAAAUAACCAUUCAUCAGAAGACAACAACAACACAAGGUCAUUUCCUUGUUUAUAUUGUUCAAGAAAGUUUCACAGUUCACAAGCAUUGGGUGGUCAUCAAAAUGCUCACAAGAAAGAAAGGACAGCAGCUAGAAAGAACAAGAGAUCAAUUAUGUCAUCUCAUCAUCAUCAUCAUGACUAUGCUACUAACUUCUCUUCACUACUACCACAAGGCACACCUCUUGUUUUUGCACCUAAUCAUCAUCCCAUUGGCCUUAUAAAUCAUCCUUCUCUUUACAUUACUGCUCAUGCAGCCAACUUUUGCCACUUCCCACCUAGCCAACAACAGUUUUCUAGCAGAUCAUUUGGAUCAACUGGAGCACCAAGAUUUGAAAAUAAUAAUAAUAAUACUAAUAACGCGACGAUCCUCUAUCGAAAUCAAUUUGGGAACUAUAUGAAUAAUACUAAUAGUAACCCUUACGUGUGCAACGAUGACUUCUUUGAAGAAUGUCAAGAGAACGUACCAACUUUUGUUAAGGACGACGAUAGAGAUCAGAAGCUUGAUUUGUCACUUCAUUUAUAAUUUCCCUUUUUUUUUGUAUGGGAUUUUUGGAUUUUAUUUAGA